AUGCCGGGCCUCUUCUACCAGCUGUUUCAAAUGCGUUUUCCACGUUUUCAACACGUUAUAAGAAGUAUAAAUUGCUAUGAAUGGGAACAUCUCUUGUUCCGUGGUUUGUAUAAUACUCUCAAAGCUUUUGAUCAAGAUUCUAAAUCAGGAAAAGAUUUGAAACUCCAGGUGGACAAAUUUGUUUCGGACUCACUGUCAGCUGUUGAUAAUUUGGAUAUUGAUGCGCUGAAGUCGUUAUGGGAUUUAUGGAAGUCGAAAGUUUUCAAUUCUCUGUCAGGUGAAAACGCCCGGUUAACUAUUGUUUACGAAACGGAUAUGUAUCGAUUAUAUCUAGUCAAAUGUAUGGAAAACAAACGUAUGGAUAAAUGUAACCAAUUCUUCUUAAAGUGCGCCGCUCUUACGCAAAAUAAUCCUGCUUGGACAGAAUGGUUCGCGUUUCCGUAUCAUCCGAAACCAGAAGCAUGUCAAGCGUUUCGAAAAUACUAUAGUCAUGAAUGGAGAGAAAUUUUUGUCAUUUCGCUCCAUAAUUUUGUACGGAUAGCAGUACAAUCAUCACCGAGAUCUCACCUUGUUCAAAUGGUUGAACUGCUCUCCGAAGAAGUAGACUCUAUGAGCAUCUCGGAUCGGUCUCAUGGUGGGAACUUCGCUAUGAUGAAUCCAUUCGAGGAUGAACUCAUGGACGAUUUCGCAGUGAUUGCCCAAUGUUCGGGUACGAUGAAGAUGUCUGCGUCAAAACCGUCAUUGAAAGCGUUCUUCAAGAAUUUAACAAGUGGAAAUAGGAAGAGCACCAGUACAGACUCAUGA